AUGCGCACCAGCAGGAUGCUUGUCACUCCUUACCAGCUAGCCAACGAACUAUGUUACAACAGGUAUAGCAAACCUGACUGGAAUUUAAACUCCGAGGACAUCCAGCAUUAUGAAUAUAGCCUGUGGUACAUGAGAAGCAUAAUUAAAAAUGUCGGUUGUGGAGGCUGGUCGCGAGGACGAAGGUUGUGUCUCGUGCUGGUGAAGGGAGUCGCCGUGGUUGGCAGCAGAGGGCGUGACCUCCAGGAACGUCUGGCCACUCUCAGGUCACUUGGCUCCCGCUUAACCGCCAUCCUCGACGGUGCAGCCGCGCAGCCGUUCUCCGAAAGAAGUACACCGAGGGCAGAGACGCAGAGAGACAGGAGGGCAAAUGGAGGGGGGUUGUGGGACAAGGGCCAUUUCCUUGGAGAAAAAUGUAACAAUGCAGAGUUCAAGAGUGUGGCUCAACACGCCGCCGUGAUUGGUGGCAAAGAGCGUGACCUCCAGGAACGUCUGGCCACUCUCAGACCAUCUCUUCCCCACUUCCAGGUUUUUGCGUGGAUCGCCGUCUUCGUCCUGCCGUUGAACGCAGCCGUCAACCCAGUGCUGUACACGCUGUCGACGGCCCCCGUGCGGCUCCGUGCAGGACACGCUUGGCGUUCCGUGCGGAGCUCCACGAACGGCAAGAGCAACCGGAGCAGGUCGAACCGCACAGGGAAGUGGUGCUCAUCCUUCCGGAGUCGUCUAAACACCGAAGUGACCGAUAUGCCUCCCUCCAGCGACCAGCGGCUUCUCAGCUCCAAGGUGCCCAUCUGUGUGUACACAUCAGUCCUCCCACGGGCCUCGGAGCCCCUCCACUACACCCAUAAGAUCUUGGACGCAGGCGUAGAAAACGCCGCUUCAGGGCGAGGCGACGCGAUCAUGAACUCGAGCGACGGGGGAGUGCACACACCCCUUUGCCCGAGAGACAGUAGCACACCCGAGCCCAAGGAAGAACCGGGGUCGCUGGAGCUUGUGCCCUUGGAAGAACUGACAACGCCUCUGCAGCCCUCCUCUGCCCGUCGGUCCUCCAGGAGACACAGCAGGAGGAAGAACCACUCCGAUCACCGGUAUGACUAGAGACCACAUUCCCAAAGCAUCUGCUGCACACUCCCUGGCUCUUGCUACAUCCUGGCAUCUUCAGCAAUCAUGGGCAUACUGCUUGACAGCAUGUUGCCGAUGUUCUUUCAAAAUCGACCUACUUUUUCAUCCUUGUACUCAGGCCUAACCUUGUUCUGUAAUAUAUCUUGUUCCGAAUCCUUACUCUGUCAUACCCUCACUUUUUUAUUUUAGAUUCACUCUGUAUGUUUAGAAUACGUACAGCAGAGAUUUCAUUUUACAUACCUUUCUCUCAUAUACAGUCACGGUAAUAUCUGCUACCUACUCAGUCACCAGUUAUACACACAUGAACAAAAAAUAAAAACUCGAAGAUACAUAACUAUUUUUUUAUCAUGCCAGUGCCUGUAACAAUACAGCAUGUCUAUAUUUUUUCGAUAUCACUGUAUAACAGAUAACUAAAGCCUGACAGAGAUUUCACACUGUUCAAGUCCUGAAAGCAUCCUAGUAUAUAAACUACUCCACAAGUAGUACAUCAGUCUUCACGAACAGACCAUAACUUCCUUAUUGGCUAACUAAUAUGGCUGAAGCUUUUACCCCUAAUGAGCAUUACAUUUUCUGGAAGAAAUCAAAUAUUUUUUCUUAUUUUCCCAUUUUAGGUUGGUUGAUAUCUGUCUACAUUCUUCGUUUCUUACUUUAGUAAGAAACGAAGAAUGCAGACAGAUAUCAACCAUUACCCUAAAGUAGAUAUUUAUCAUAAUUGUCGGACAAAGAUCAUUACUAAGAAAACAUUCUAAAUAUUACAUAACUAACAUCAAUAUUUAUUUUCCAACAUAAAUCAUAUAAAGUGAAUAACAUGUGACAUGCUCUUCAGGAAUCUUAAGGCUCGACCAGAAAAUGGAAAUAUAGAAAUUCGGAAAAGAUAAGAAAUGGAGUGGACACAGAAAUUCGGAGGACAUGUGCCAAAGCAUCAACCAAGCAGUCCACUGUCUGUUCAACUACAGUUAUACCAAAUAUAAUAUCCUAAGAUAUUUUUGGAGGUGUUUCUCAAAUGUAAAAUUCUACAUUACUUCUAGAUUAAAAUAUCAUUUUAUAUUUUCAGUAAAUUAUGUGUAAUACAUUCCUCUCAUGUUAUUUCCAGUAUGCUGUGUUUAAGAAAUGUAUGUGUGCUAAUGUAAAUGUAACUGCAUAUUUAUCUACACAGAUUGACUGGCUUAAAAGAGAGAGCGUGAAAGAAAAUAGCAAUUAUAAAUAUUUUAAAGUGAGUGUAUAAAGAAUUCAAAACUUUUACUGCUUCCAAGGAUCUUAAUUAGCACCCCCUUCUCUUCUCUUUCAUAAAUGGCAUCCUCCCUGUGGCCUUUGCAUCACUUAGUGUAUUUCAAGGCCUCCUACUCUGAAAAAGAAAGGCUAUCUAUGGGCAACAAUUCAGUAAUUUGGAAUAUUUGUAAAUCUUUCCAUUCUUUAUCUCCCUUCCUUCACUCAUCACAUAAUGUUUCAUAAUAUCAGUACAUAAAAAACAGAAAUCUUAAUACAUAGUAAAUUUUCUUUUAGGUAUAUAUAAGUAUUCUUUCUUCAAGAAAGUGAUCUUUCUAGUCAUUAUACAGUAUUAGUUUACAAUAAAGUCAAUAUGCAGCACCUCUUUCUACAUAAACUAGAAGGCAACUAGCAUAUAAGAUUGUUUUAUUCUUUCUCAGAGAUACCUAAGAAAUAUAGAGUUUAUAGCCUUAUAUUCAGAGACCUUUGCCUAAACAUGUUUAAUACAGUAUUUCAAAUUGUCAGCAUUACCAGUAUUUCUUCAUGCCUACCAUACAAGAAAAAAGACAUUGAUACUGUAACAUUGUCUGAUUUAUUCAAGUUAGAAAUGCAUUGUAUAUAACAAGGAUGUGCUAUGCUCAACUUUCAUCCAGGCACAUUUUUAAUUCUUCUUUCAUUGAGCUAAAAUUAAAAAAAAAUACCAAUAGCUGCUGUCAUCUCUGCAUUAUGUUAUCAUAAUGUACUUUACUACUGAAGAAAGAAAUUGUAAUGUUGUAUCAUACUUUUUUGUUUUGCAAUUGGCAAAACAUAAAAGAAUCUCCACUUGACAGCACUAACGCAUCACACAUAUUUUUCUGAUAUUUGAAAAGAUUACAAGUUCAGAGCUUUCACAUCACAAAAAUGUUCUUGAUAUAAAAUCAAAAGAGUAAAAAUUCUGCCAAAAGAAUGGACUACAUAACCCUUUCAAACCCUACUGUUGCAAAUUCUGAUGAUUAAAACAAAACUUUUUUUGGCUUUAAGAUUCAAAUCUAUCUCAUAGAUGAGCAAGCCUAUUAAGGUAUCACAAUAUUCUAAACUUACUCAGUAAAAGGCCAUUUAUUUUCUUCUUCAGAUUCAACUCUUCCUAAAUUUACUUUCAUAAUUGAUAUGACCUUUAAUAUUUCUGCCUUCAUACUGAUUUGAACUCUUGGAAAUGUAUAAAUAAAUAGAAAGACCUUCAUAAUUUGGGACAGUGCCAAGCAAAGGGCUCUCAUUUAAUCUCACCCCAAUGCCAAAACCUAAAGUUAGGACACUGUACAAUGACUACAAGCAAACUUCUGAUGUGUAAAUGUAUAUGGAAAGUUCCAUAGUAAUUAAGUCUCUAUGAUGAAUGGAUGGUCCCCACAUUUUACUGUAUUUCUUUGAACAGACCAUACAACACUGCCUGCUAACAUAAUCCAUUCUUCGUACCUACUAGACAAUAAACUACUGGAAAUUAGGUGUGUAAUACAUGUGAGAUGUAAAUAAUCUUUCAAAAAAGCACCUUUGUUUCUCAUUUCUGGUCUUGUCAGAAGACCCCAUAUUCAACUUUAAAUGAGUCAAAUGCAAUCAAUCUGUAUUGAUUUUUUUUUUCUGUGACCUAAAGUGAAAUAGAUGUUUUUCUUGUUAGGGUCUUCUACUGUGUUAAAACAAAGAUUUGUGAAUGUGAAAUGUUUGUACUGGGCGUCUUUUACUAAUGCAUCAAUAAGUAUCGCAAAAAAAAGAUUAUCAUGCUCAUGUUGGUAACUGUGCACCAUUCUUUUUUUCUAGUAUUGGUUAUAAUAUAUAUGAUACAUGUAUUACUUCUAAGUAAAUUCUUUUUUCUGUAACCUUAAUUUUAGAAAAUACUUAAAAUGUGCUCAAAAGUCUUUAUAUGUAUUUUACCACUAUCUACUUCUGUAUAUAAUCAUACAUACUACAAGUUUUGUUACAUACUUUUCUUGAAGAAAUAUGUUACAUCAUUUACAUGAAUGUUAUGUAUAUCAACGAAGAUAUUGCAUAUCUAUGAGUAUGACUAUAAAACUAAAUGUAUAUGUUGCUAUGUGAGGAAUCAAGGCUACUAAAAUAAAUGGACAUAUCUUGCACUCAUGAAUUUAUUUAAUUCUUUUUUUCUUUUUCCUUUAUUAACCUUCUCAACUUAUCACUUCUUCCUAAUAAAUGUUUCUUUAUUAUAUUUAUAACCAUAAGAAAAAUUGAGGUGAAUAAUAAACAUCUUGAAGAGAUAAUUUUACUGUCAACAAAUACAUCAGCGAAAAAUCUCAGAGCAACUGACCCAAUACCCCCUGCCUGUCUUGAAUAUGUUUGUGUAUCAAAUGCAUCAAGUAAAAAGA